UUUUAUUUUUUUUGGCCCAUGGGGACGCGGGAGAUCGAUUCGCUCUCACAGUACUGGGACGUGUAACCGACUAAUCGACACGAUCCGAUUACUUAAACUCGGACCGAAUCUGAUUCGACUCAGGUCAGAUUGCUCGUCAAAGUUUCGGACCAUUCCUCAUCUUAUAAAAAAGGUUCGUUCCUCCAUCGGAUCAAACCCCCCAAUUUUCCUCUACUUUCUCCCCAUUUUCCCCCAAGAGCGUUGAUUUCUCUUUCAGAUCGUCUUUUAAGGAGCUCAGUAGCAUCUCUGACCUCCUCAACCGGACGAGUCGUAGUUACAAUUUCCACUAGAACAUAUAAAUGGAGGGAACAGCGUUCACUCCUGCUUUGGAAGGAAUACAGCAUGUGAAGCUCGAGGAAGGGGAAAUACUGACCACGCCUUUCUUGGAAGUCUGCAAGCAGAUACUGCCAGUUAUAGAUAAGUUUGGAGCUGCUAUGACCCUUGUUAAAACUGAUAUCGGAGGAAACAUAUCAAGAUUGGAAUCUAAAUAUUCUUCAAAACCAUCCGAAUUCAACCGCUUGAAUGACAUGGUGAGAACAGAGGUUGCAGCUAAAACAGCGAAAGCAUCAUCCAGUUGCACCAAUGGUCUUCUUUGGUUGACAAGAGCAAUGGAUUUCUUGGUGGCAUUGUUUCGCAACUUACUGGAGCAUAAGGAUUGGACAAUGUCACAGGCCUGUACAGAUGCCUAUGGCAAGACCCUGAAGAAAUGGCACGGAUGGCUUGCUAGUUCAAGUUUCACUGUUGCCAUGAAGCUUGCUCCAGAUAGAAAGAAGUUCAUGGAGGUGAUAGGGGGCAGUGGUGAUAUUUAUGCUGACAUAGAAAAAUUUUGCAUAUCCUUUUCCCCUUUUCUUGAAGAGAAUCACAAGUUUCUGGCUAGUGUUGGCUUGGAUGGUCUGAAGGCUUCAUGAGGAAGUGACUCUCGAUGGCUCUUGCUUCAAGUCACCCUGUUCUGUUUCCCUUCUCUUUUCUUCUAGUUCCGAGUUUUGGAUAAUUUGCAUUGGCUUCUAAAGUUAAGACUUGACAUAUUAUGGGAUUUUCUUGGCAAAUAACAAAUUAUAGGUUACUACAACCUCUUGAUCUUUUGAAUCUUA